UUGUACGUCUCGUCGCGCUCCGAUAUUGUAAAAUGUAAACAAUAACAUUGUUUAUGUAUUGAGUGAAACAAGUAGUUAUUGUCGACAAAAUGAUGGAAACUACAGUUAUGUUUGUGAGAGUGUCUGGUUUAUUAGUGCUGCUGUUUGUGAAUCUGGAUCAUGUUUUCUGCCACACUUUUGUAAAUGAAUUGUCUAAUAAAGCUGUGACUAAAGUUGAGCAUCGUCAUGUCCACUGCAACCACCAACACCCGAAGGCUGAUGAAGUAAUCAGAGGGGUGCACAUAGAGGCGGCGCAUCUCGUGAAGAAACGGAGCAUCGACCAGCCGCUCAGAAUCAGCAUAUUUUAUGACCAUUCUGUCUAUAGAUUAGAACCCGAGAAAUUCGACAUGAUCAAUAACACGAUCCUGCCGAAGGCGGUCAAGUUUUGGGAGGAAGCCCUCAAGGUCCGGAAAACGGGAGGUCCCAUCAAACUGAACAGAAAGUGCCCGACGAGACAGGUGUUUGUGCGAGGUGGACGAUCGCACUGCAUCGACUCGUGCAGCGCCGAAACUAUGUGCGGAGAGGUUCGCGUUCCGGAGAACCAUUUAAAUCCCUGCUACGUCUGCAAUAGCACCGGUCAAAACUGCCGAGCUUUGCCACGACGGAGAGUCGUCAUAGAAGACGACACGACAGAAAUUACUGGCAACGCUCUCACUGAGGGGUCUGAAGGCACGGAUGUACCAGAUUUAGAAGAGGAGCCAAUAGGCGUUGAAGACACAGACUUCGUGUUGUACGUGAGCGCAGUCGAAACGGAGAGAUGCCGCCGUGGACUUACUGUGGCGUAUGCUUCACAUUGCCAGCAGGAAAGCGCUUUAGACAGACCAGUGGCGGGCCACGCUAACUUCUGUCCCGGCGAGUUGUCCACGAAGUACCGGGACCUGCCAAGCUUGUUGUCGACCGUACAACACGAGAUGCUACACGCACUGGGGUUCAGUGUGUCCCUGUUCGCAUUUUACAGAGACGACAACGGGGAGCCGCUGAUGGAGAGGAGACCGGACACCGGAAAUCCUCCGCUCGAUGAAGAACUGCAGAUCCACAAGUGGUCGGAUCGCGUGGUCCGAAACGUAACCAGGAAGAAGUGGAUGAUCCGAGGCGGCUACAUCGAAAGGACCUUCCACAUGAUCGUCACACCGAGGGUAGUAAAAGAGGUCCGAGAGCACUUCAACUGCUCAACCUUGGAGGGGGCGGAAUUAGAAGACCAAGGGGGGGAUGGUACCGCACUAACGCACUGGGAGAAACGACUGUUCGAGAACGAAGCCAUGACAGGCACUCACACACAGAACUCCGUCUUCAGCCGGAUCACACUUGCCCUUAUGGAGGAUACUGGCUGGUACCGGGCCGAUUACAGUGUGGCGGCGCCUUUAGACUGGGGCCGCGGGCUCGGCUGUCAAUUCGCGACUACCAGCUGCAAGCAAUGGCUGAACACACAAAGCGAUAACCCGGAUAAUUCAACGGACAUCUCUGAAGAGGAACCAGAAGAACGCAAGAACCCCGCGCCAUUUUGCGAGCGCAUCAAGGGAGACCCGCUGCGCACAGAAUGUUCACCGCGCCGCUCGGCGGUCGUGCUCUGUAACUUAGUCCGCCACGACAACAUACUGCCGAGGGCUUAUCAGCAUUUCGACACGCUUCCCAACGUGGCCCCUGGCGAAGAGGCACAUUACGGCGGUUCCGUGUCGCUCGCUGACUACUGCCCGUAUCUGCAGGAGUUCACCUGGCGGCACAAAAGUGUACUAAUCAGAGGCAGCCGGUGCGAAUAUGAGGAGAAUACGCCUAAGACUGAUGUAAAUUUCGCACUGGAGAACUACGGAGCGCACUCCAAGUGUUUCGACCACAGCGACCGCGUUUGGGAGCAGAAGUCUUGUCGACAGAUACGAGAGUGGCAGCACUGGGGCUCGGGGUGCUACAAGUAUAAAUGCGAAAGCGGCCGGCUACAUAUUGUGGUUGGCAACUAUUCCUACACCUGUUUCCACGCGGGCCAGGUGCUCCAGAUCCGCAUCAUCAAGCGGGGCUGGCUCCACAAAGGGGGUGUCGUCUGCCCGCCUUGUAGGGAGGUCUGCGGGGACGAGUUCAAGAGCCGCGGCGAAUAUUGCAAAGGCGGCGAGGAAGCGAUGCCCCCGAACCUGUACCCGAGCGACUUCUUACCGUGCGCGGCGCCAUCUUUGCUACCGACCGCCAUUUUGAUUGGGGCCGCCAUCUUGUCGAGAAUCUUUUAAUUCUCGCGACUACAGCUUAGUAAAAAAGAGUAGAAAGAAAGAAGAAAAAAAAAGCUUUUUUUUAUUCGGCAUAAAAACAUGGAAUAUCAAUAAUAUCAUAC